CAUACUGGUAAAACUGAACCUACUCUAACAGUAGCCCAAUCAUUUAGGUACCUGACAGUGACAGUUCAGUCCAGAUAAUCAACCUAAAUGUGGAUGUCCUUCCUGCGACAAGCAUGUGUUAACUGGUGUACAGCGGUAGGUAGGUAAGCCCUUUGGCUCCAGUUCCAACUCUACUGAGCCUGCUUCAGCCCUGCGCAGGCAACCGUCAGCACCGCCACUGGGUGCAGGGAUGUCCCGAUGAACGGAGACUGUUCGGGGUGAAGAAUUCAGAUAAGAUUUGACUAUAGAGUCAUUUGUCUUGUGGUGAGGUGGUCACCUCACUAACUACCACACAAAGUCAAAAGAGGACACUACAAGCUUGCUGCUGUACCUUUGGCGUGUGUCUCCCAGCUCCACUGCUAUCCCAUCACACAAAGAGUGCCCCACAGUGAUCUGCUUCAACCAACCCAGACCCCUUAACUUACCUAGCUGGGACACAGCCUGACUGCUGCAUGACUUUGCGUUUAGCUCAGCAGACUCAGAUGUAGCUGCCAUGUGCCAGACUCGCACCGAAAGCAGCCGAAAAACUGAACUCAUUGAAGACCUUUUGGAAAGUUUCAGUGACUCCCCUCCAAAACUGGUGGAGCUCCACACUGUGUCCACCGAGACCCUCAUCAUCCAGCAGCACUUUCCUCAUCAUCUCAUAGGACUGGCUGUACUGUCAGCAAGGUUAAUUCACAAAUGUCUCUCUCACGAUUAAAAGACCCAUCUCUGCUCCCCUGAACAGGAUACAAAAUGACCUCAGGCACUGACCGGGAUGACAGCAGUAUCUUUGGCUUAAUGGAAGAAGAUGAAAAGGACAAAGCAAAACGAGUAUCCCGUAACAAAUCGGAGAAGAAACGCAGAGACCAGUUCAAUGUCCUCAUCAAGGAGCUGGGUACCAUGUUGCCAGGCAACACCCGCAAGAUGGACAAGUCCACAAUUUUGCAGAAGAGCAUUGACUUUCUGCACAAACAUAAAGAAAUUGCUGCUCAGUCAGAGUCAACUGAGAUCAGACAAGACUGGAAGCCUCCUUUUCUUAGUAAUGAAGAGUUCACUCAGUUGAUGUUGGAGGCAUUGGAUGGAUUUUUUCUUGCAAUUAUGACCAAUGGAAAUAUAAUCUAUGUCUCUGAGAGUGUGACAUCCCUACUGGAACACUUACCUGUGAGUAUAAUGUGUUUUAAGUUCUGA